AGGUCCAGUCAAUUAAAGCAAUAACUCCCUUUUCGGGUUUGGAAAUGAUCAACACAAUCUACUUUACUAUAAUAAAUCCCACCUAAACAAUCCUAUCAUUUCAUUUUUUUUAUCUCUAAAAAUCAGAACAAAGCACUAAAUCACACCUAAUCAUUCACCUGUACUCACCAAAAGAUUAUCAAAAACAAACAAACAAACAAAGCAAAAAAUACAACAUUCCGUGCUUUGUUCGAACACAAAAAAGGACCAAACAUGGCAGGAAUGCUCCCUGGUGUUGAAUCUGCUAGAAGGAGACGUGUCCAUAAGGCUGGAGUUGAACCUUCUAAUAACAGACGCUCUUCUUUCUGUUUGUAUUCCAGUAAUUCUGAAUCUCGUCUUUCCUCAUCUUCUUCAAUGCAAAGAAACAUAUUAUACCAGACACAGCAAGAUGAGAAUAUGGUAGGAGCAGCAAGAGAAGCUAAACAAAGAUUGGAUGACAAAUUCAGAUCACCAAGAGUAUUAGAAAACACAAGGAAGAAGAGCAUAAAGUGUGUGGAGGGCAGAAAAGAUAGCAUAGAGGAGUUACAAAUUGAGGUGUAUGGUUCAAAGAAAAGUGGGCCAAGGAAGUUCAGUUGGAGCAAAUUGAGCUGGAAAGCAACAGAACAAGAGGAUUGUGCUGUGUGUUUGGAAUCAUUUAAGAUUGGAGAGAAAUUGAUUCCUCUACCUUGUGCUCACAAGUUUCAUUCUACAUGUUUGAAACCUUGGUUGGAAAAUAACUCACACUGUCCAUGUUGUAGAACUACCAUUCUUUUUCUCUAGAUUUUUAAUUUUUCUCAAUUGUCUAAAUUUAAUAGUUGACUUGGUUUUGAUGAAUUGGGAUUUUUUUUACCUUGA